AUGGCAGCCCGGAUUCUCACCCGAUCACGACCUGCCACCAUUAUAAGUACCAUUGCAGCCAGCUCCCUCGCAAUCGGCAUCACGGCCAAAUUUCUCAUUCAAGAUGCGCGGACAGACUCACAAUCGUCUCCGCCAAAAGUGUUUGGAGCAGGACCAGCAUUCUUCUCACUGCCACUUGAGAGCGCAGAAAUGGUAAACCACAACACGAGGUUAUUGAGGUUCAAGUUUGCGGACAAAGAAGCCGUCAGCGGAUUACCCGUGAAUUCUUCGGUGUUGACCAUGUCCUGGCCACAAGGACGAUGGGUACCGGUCGCAAGGCCAUAUACCCCCAUCACUGCCACAGAUGAACAAGGUCAUCUCGACCUCAUGGUGAAGCACUACCCCGACGGCAAAUCCAGCACUCACCUACACAAUCUUCAACCCGGUCAAUCGCUCUUCUUCGUCGCCAGUUUGAAAGGGCACCAGUGGAAACCCAACUCGUUCCCGCACGUAACUCUUAUAGCGGGCGGAGCUGGAAUCACGCCAAUCUACCAAUUAACUCAAGCAAUCUUGCGCAAUCCCGAAGACAAGACGGCCGUGACGCUUGUUUUUGGCGUCAAUAGCGAUCGAGACGUUCUGCUCAAGAAGGAGUUUGAGGCGUGGGAGAAGACGUUUCCCGGGCGAUUCAAGGCCGUGUACACUGUUAGCAAUCCUGUCGACGGUUCGCCUUAUGGAAAGGGAUACGUUACGAAGGAAUUGCUGAAGGAGGUGGCGCCAUCGCCGGAAGGUAGGGACACAAUGGUGUUUGUUUGCGGUCCGCCGAGCAUGGAGAAGCUGCUGGUGGGUGAUAGAAAGAGCUCAGGAGUGUUGCAGGAGUUGGGGUAUCGAAAGGAUCAGAUUCAUAAAUUCUAG